CCUAAAGUAUGUUGUAUGACAAUUUGUCUGAUGACAAGCUAAUAAUCGAUAAUCACAACUUCCAUUUAAUUGAUGACCCCAGAAAUGUUUCUCAAGAUACUGAUUAUUAUUCAACUAAUUUACUUUUUGAGAAACUGCGCUCUGGAAAACAAACUCGUUAUUGUAAGGUAUGUAGAGUUAAUGUACAUUACAGAAAAUAUUUGAGCCAUUUGGGAACAAAAUAACAUAUAAGAAUUUCUAAUUACAAAGUAUUUAAAUAUGUAUUUGUUGUUAAUUAAUUUCCAUAGUACCAAUAGAAGAAGUAAUUGUAGUAACUUAAGAAAAAUUCUUAGAUAUUAUGGUGGGAUUAUGUAAAUGUUAUUAAUUAGAUGAUAAAAUAAAAAUAUACUAUAGAUUAGUAUUUUAAUGACACAUUUGAGAUGUACCUAAACUUAUUUAUUUAUAUCAAGUCUUGGCAUAAAAAAUAAUUAAACUCUUUAUUUAGAUUCCUUUAUUAAUUUAAAGUUUAUAGAGUAAAAACAAAACAUCUCAUAUAGUAUAUUAAAUAUGAAUGGGGAAGUUAUAUUUAUCUGUCCGCUCUCAAAGCCUAUCGACUUGAAUUUCAUUUGGGUGCUGAUUUAGAUUUAGAUGAAUUGGUGAAAGAUAAAGCCAUAGCUUAAAGAAAGAAAAAAACAAUAUAAAUCUUUUAGUAAAUUGAUUAGAAUCAAAUGUAGGUUUAUGUAUACAGAUUUAUAUAUUAAUUGAUGUUUGACAAUAUUGAAUUGUCCUUCUUUUUACAUUUGCUUUUUGUUUUACAUUGCGGAGUUAUCUAAUUAAUUAAAUUGAAAACUUCAUAAAUAUUGAUGUUAAAUGAAAAUUUGUUUAAGUUUUAAAUCUCUGAAAGUAAAGUACAUUUCAUUAGCAAGGAUUCAUAAUACGGAUAAUUUAUUGAUUAGUAUUUAUCUUAAGAUAACGAACUCUUUUUUAAAAAUAUAAAAAAUACAAGCUGCUUGUACAGGUAAUUUAGGAGUCAUGUAAAUAAUUAUCUACAUUAUUCUUAAGAUCUGUUUUAUGCUUAGUUUUUAACUUCAGUUACAUUAUCAAUGAUAAAAAACUUACCUAUUGUCUAUCACUCCAGUUGA